AUGCAUUAUGGUUCAUUCAUUGUAAAAAGAUUGGGUAUUGCAACAGAAAAAUAUGCAUUUUCAUCACUCGCUGUUUUUUCAAAACUAAAAAAGCCAUCACUCACGGUGGACCUUUCUAUCCAGCACGAACAAAAUGUUGAAACUAAAAUGUACUGGAUGUUAAUUCAUAGCGAUGAUUUGGAAACUUUUUACAAAAAUACAUCUGCUUCUAGUCAUAAUUAUUAUUCUCUUGGAGUGGUUCUGGACCAAAUUUGUGAUUCUACCACAUACAUUCCUGAAAGAUCUCAUUUCACAGAAUUUACAACAAGAAUUCAUGCUAAAUAUGAAGAUUUCACAAAAAGUGGAAUUUACUAUGCAAUUAUUUUAAACUGUGACACUGAUAGUAAUACCAAAUCCAUGACCAUUAAGUCUGGAUCUAUCAAAUACGUGAAUCCAUUCGGUCAUUUGAGCGCUGAAGUCUAUGAUAAUUUACCUUUCUACGGAUUCAUGUCAAUUGUAGUAUUUGUAAUAGGAAUGAUUUACAUGCUCUCCGUUUUUGGAGUAGGAUUUGAAUGUCAAAGACCUUUUGGAAUUCAAUUUAUCAAAAAGCUGAUAAUGGCAUUCAACAGAAAGAAGGAUGAGGCACCUGCUGCUUCAACCUUGCCUGAACAACAGCAAAAGAAACCUAAAGUCAAAUCGUAUGCCAUCAUUGUUUGGAUUUUCGUAGUUUUGAUUUUAUUUUUAUUAGAAAAUUCAUUCAGCUUUGCCAUGCUUCAACAUAUGGAUGUUUAUGGAAGAAACAAUAACUUUUUAUUUACCAUUUCAUCUCUAUUCCACAUGUGUAGAAAAUUAUUCAGUAGAAUUUUUAUUAUUCUCUUAUGCGUUGGUUAUGGAUCCAUUCGAGACUAUUUAGGUGGUGUUAAAUCUUUUCUAUUGUGGACAUAUGGACUAGCCUAUUGUCUAGCAGUUGUCGCAUAUGAAAUUGUUGACUUGUUAUUUGUUAAGGUACAUGUCAUGAGUCCCAUUGUUGCAAGUUUACUAUCGACUCCAGUUGUUGUUCUCGAUGUGAUUGCCUUUAUUUGGAUUUUAGCUGAAUUGACCUCUUUAAUGAGACAAUUGAAGAAAAAGAAUCAAUCGGAUAGGUGGAGAAUCUUUGCGCUGCUCACCUCAAUCAUCAUUGCCUAUCUCAUUGUCACUCUGGCUUGGCUCAUUUACACUCAAAUAUUGCUUGAUAAUUCAGAUCAAUUCAAGUUUGAUAAGAGAUGGGAGACGAAUUGGACCAUUGAAUCUGUUUGGUCUAUUAUUUUCUUGGUUGUGAUGAGUGCCAUCAUGAUAGUAUUUAGAAAGAGUAAUUUAGCUCAAUUACAGCAACAUAUUGAGAAGAAAAAUCCACUCAAAGAUACUCUCAAGUACCACAAGACGAUGAAACACAUGAUGACUCGUCGAGUAUUCAUGAAAAAUUGGAGAAUGAAGAAGAAUUGGAUGAAAUCAUCAAUGAAAAAUCCACAGCAAUGGAAAGUAGCACUACCACUCAAAGUGACAGCAAGCGGCCUGGAUUUGGUAUUGAUAUCAGUGACGAGGAAGAUGAGAAAGAUCCAGAAGCCAUGGUCAAAGUUAACUAAUGCGAACACUCGGCCUCAAGUACUUGUUGUUGGACUCAACUCCUCACUAGUAAACCACCUCUCUUAA